CAAAACAAAACAAAACAAAAUUGCAGUUGUAAACUUACAGGCACUUUGACACUCGAAGGCGUGCAGAUGAAGAGAGCCGGAUCCUCUUUUUCCCAAAAGAAUCCGAUCGGCAAAUAGCCUGCAAGGCGUCCCGAUCCGUGCGAGAGAGAAGCGUCGGCACGGUAAUGGAAGAACAAUCGAAAACGCGGAAGCCAAAACCUAAACCUAGAACCAACACGUCGAAGACUAAUUGUGCCUAUGAUAACGGUCAUAACAAGAAGCAGAAGAAGAGCGAGUACGAGUUCUGCAAGGUGUGCAAUCUGAACCACGACCAGGGCCAGCGCCACAAGUACUUCCCCAGUCACAAGACCUCCCUCUCUACCUUCCUCUCUCGGUUCCAAUCCAAGCUUGCUGAUGUCCGUUUUUUCCUCAAGAAUCCCUGCCCUCUCCCCUCCAACCUCGCCUCUCGCAACCGCCUCUGGUGCGUUUUUUGCGACAGCAACAUCGACGAGCUUGGUUGCACCUUCGCUUGUUAUAAUGCAAUUAAUCAUCUAGCGAGUGCGGAUCAUCUCAAGAAUUUGAAGCAUUUUCUAUGGAAAUAUGGUGGUGCGGUGGAUCGCUUGGAUGCUUUUAGGAUUUUAGAAUCUGACGUAGCUAAGUGGGAGAAGAAGUGCAAAUCUUUGAGAAAUGAUGAUGUACUGUCUACUGAAGGGCCUAUAGGACCAGUGCUUGGACCUUCACAUGAUAUCCACAAUGAACUCAACUCUGGAAAUAUUGAUAGUUUUGAAAAUUGUAGUAUCCAAUCUGUUAAAUCAAGUCAUUCAAAUGGUGUUUUGCCUUUACAGUGUUAUACGAAUGAGUAUCAGGUAUCCCAUUCAGGACGCUUCGAAGUUCCAAGUGCUGGAAUGUAUGAGUAUGAUGCUCAAUCUUCUUUACCUGCAGAGACAUGCUCUGGUAAAAAAAUUUCAGAAUUGAUGGAUUUUAGAGUUAACAGGAAUAGCCAACAUGCUCUCCUUUAUGACACAAAAUGCUCAGCUGAUGGAUAUUUCAGUAAUGAAAGGACGUACCAGGUGCAUGAGGAUCAAGGGAUUGUAAAAGGAGAGAGCAGUUUUCAAGGCUUGCAAAAUCUCACAAGAAUUUCUACCUCGGCUGCUGACAAGGCUAUAGAUAAUGUGCAUUCUGGAGCUCCUCCUCCAUGGUUCGAAGCAACUGAAGAAAGUCAGAUCAAUGUUCAACGAAAACCCACAGCAGACAGCCUUAUGUCCCUAAAUAAGUCAGGGAAGUCCAAAAAAUUGAACCCGAAACGGGUUGGAGCUGCUUGGGCUGAAAAGAGAAAGAUUGAGCUUGAGAUGGAGAAAAGAGGAGAGAUUGUCAAUAGUGACUGCACUGCUAACUGGCUUCCUAACUUCGGUAGAGUAUGGCAAUCUGGCAGCCGAAAAGAAUCUAGAAAAGAGUUUAUGAUGGAGAAACAAGAAUUUAUCAAGCCUGAAAGUAAAUCUGAGAUGCCAGUUAAGAUACAACCUUACGUCAGCAAGCGAAUGGUGAGCUCCAAAUUUUCGCAUGCCACUUUCGAAGAGAAGCAGGUGAAUGAUCAUAUUGGAGACACAAAUGACAAAUGACAAAUGUUGCGGGCCUGGUGGCUGUCAUGUUAGAGAAUCACUGCAUGUAUUCACCCCUUCCCUAUGCCAAGUUUUUAUUGGAGAUUAAAUAGAGUACCGAUCUUGUAGCAAGAAUUGGAAGCAGAGUUGGUGCAAUGCAGCCUAAAAUGGGUUAUAUAGUUACUAGGUCAUUGUACAUUAAAAGAAAAAAGGACCACUACGUAUAAUCAAUGACAUUGUAGGCAUUUUGUCUGUUGUGCCAAAUGCAUUCAACACAAUCCUUUUUCCCACAUCUCAUAUAUGCAGGAUCAAUUUUUGGUAGAAUCAAUGUUACCAUGUAAAGAACGUAUAUAAUAGCUGUGAUCCUGAGUUUUAACAGUUCCCUCGAUUUCUAGAUUGCGAGAAGCUGCUUCUGUCUGAAA